AUGGACAGCAAGUUGAAACUUAGUCAAUCAGCAGGUGAUCCUCUCAUUGACAUUCAACAGUAUGGAAAACUUGUUGGCAGGCUUUUGUAUCUCACUUCUACAAGGCCGGAUCUUUCUUUUGCCACACAACAAGUAAGAUGUGUGGAUUCUCACAAAUCUAUAACUGGUUAUUGUAUUUUUCUUGGAGGGUCAUUUAUAUGUUGGAGAGCUAAGAAGCAAUCAACAGUAUCUCGAUCCUCUUUAGAAGAAGAGUAUCGAGCACUAGCUUCAACAACUUGUGAGUUACAGUGGUUGUGUUACUUGCUCAAAGAUUUCCAUGUUCCUCACUCAAACCCAGCACUUCUUUUCUGUGAUAAUAAAUCAGCUCUCCAGAUUGCUGCUAAUCCCACCUUCCAUGAAUGUACUAGGCAUAUUGAGAUAUAUUGCUAUCUGACCUUUCAAUUUCUUUGGAUCAUCUGUCUGUUAUCUGGAGAAUUAAUUUGUGGUGGGGUUGCUCAAUUGGUGCACUGCAAUGCAGCUGAGAGAGAGGCUCUUCUUGACCUCAAAAUGGGUCUUAAUGAUAGCUGGAAUCGGCUUUCCUCAUGGCAUGGAACCAAUUGCGGUCAAUGGUCAGGAAUAGCUUGUCACAAUACAACUGGUGCUGUUCUCGCAGUUGAUCUCCCAAAUUCAUCAGGUCGUCAGCCAUUAGGUGGGGAGAUUAGAGCUUCACUUGCAAAACUUAAGUCCUUGAAACAUCUGGAUUUAAGUGGGAACAAUUUCACUGGUAAAAUUCCUCAUUUCUUGUCCUCUUUGGAGAACUUGCAAUAUCUAAACCUGUCAUAUGCUGGGUUUAGUGGUGCAAUUCCUCCAAAUCUUGGAAACCUCUCUAGCUUGCAGUUCCUUGAUGUCUCUUAUUGGGGUUUAACUGUUGAUAAUCUUGAAUGGGUGAGCGGUCUUCUUUCACUAAAAUAUUUGGCAAUGAAUUCUGUAGACCUUUCAAAGUUAGGUGGAGAAUGGAUUGAGCCAUUAAACAAGCUUCCACUUUUAUCUGAGUUGCACUUAGAAUAUUGUGGUUUAUCUGGUUUCUCCUAUUCUCUUCCUUCUCUUAAUUUUACUUCGCUUAAAGUCCUAAACCUUCAGGGCAGCCUCUUCAAGGCUAAGUUGCCAACUUGGCUUGCGAACAUUAGCAGCCUUGUAUCUGUUGACAUCGGAAAUAGCUGGUUGACUGGAAGGAUUCCACUUGGUUUUGGUGAAUUACCAAAUUUGCAGUCAUUGAAGCUUAAUUAUAAUUUGAAACUCUCAGCAAGUUGCUUCCAACUAUUUGCAAGAAGCUGGAAAAAGAUACAAAUUCUUGAUUUAUCUAUCAAUGGGUUACAUGGUAGACUUCCUACUCUUCUUGGAAAUAUGACAUCUCUUAUUCAUUUUGAUUUACACUUCAAUUAUAUUGAGGGUGGGAUUCCAAGCUCCAUUGGCAAGCUUUCUAAUUUGCAGUACAUUGACUUGUCGUUAAACAACCUGACGGGAAGUUUACCAGAUUCAAUUGGCCAGCUCAAGAAUCUUGUCGAACUCCGGUUGAACAAUAACUUGCUUCAAGGUUCAAUUCCUUCUUCCAUUGGAAACUUACAGCGUUUGACUACCCUCACGCUUGCGUCAAAUAAGCUAAAUGGUACUCUGCCUGAUAGCAUUGGAUUGCUCUCUGAGUUGUCUUCCCUUGAUGUUUCUCUCAAUAAAUUGACAGGCGUUAUUUCAGAAGCACAUUUUCAUAGGCUGGGGAAACUGGAGAAAAUUAGUUUAUCAGAAAAUUCUUUCGUUUUGAAUGUAAGCUCCAUUUGGGUCCCGCCUUUCCAAGUCAUUGCCUUGGAGAUGGGUUCAUGCCAUCUAGGUACGUCCUUCCCUUCUUGGCUUAGAUCUCAAAAACAGGUCCUCGUUUUAGAUUUCUCAGGGGCUGGUAUUUCCGGUUCUAUCCCAAAUUGUUUAGAGGGUCAUAUACCAAAUCCAUUCAAUAUAAUUUCCUAUGCAACUGUUGAUUUGAGCUCCAACCAAUUCAAAGGACCCAUUCCUCUUCCAAAUGUCAUCUUACUAGAUCUUUCUAAUAACCAGUUCUCCGGUAGUAUACCAGAAAAUAUUGGUCAAGUCAUGUCAGUGUUGUCAUUUCUUUCACUUUCUGGUAACAAGUUGACGGGUGCAAUCCCAGCCUCAGUCGGAGAGUUAUCGCUCGAUGUCCUUGACCUCUCAAAAAAUAACUUGGCAGGAAGUAUUCCUUCAAGCAUAGGAAAUUGUUCUUCUCUCACUGUUCUAGACCUUCAAAAAAACAAUUUGUCUGGUGGGAUUCCAAACUCUAUAGGUCAGAUAACUGGGCUUCAAACACUUCACUUGAGCAACAACCAACUCUCAGGAAAAAUUCCAUCAUCUCUUCAGAAUUUGUCAAAGUUGGAAACUUUAGACUUCGGAAACAACAUGUUGACAGGAAAUUUACCACGAUGGAUUGGAGAAGCUUUUCCGCGUCUCAGGAUACUUAGUCUCAGGUCAAAUAAAUUUUCUGGAGAACUUCCUUUGGCACUUUCAAAUUCGAGUUCCCUGCAAAUUUUGGAUCUGGCAGAAAACCAAUUAAAUGGUUCCAUUCCUGCUAGCUUGAGCAAUCUUAAAGCCAUGACUCAACAGCAGAGCGUUAACCAUUAUUUGCUUUAUGGAACUCUUUCUGAACAUCACAAUUACCAAGAGAACAUAUAUGUGACCAUAAAUGGCCUUGGAUUAAGGUACACUAGGACUCUUUCCCUGCUAACCUGUAUAGAUAUGUCUGGAAACAAAUUAAGUGGAGAACUUCCUGAAGCAAUAACAAAAUUAGUUGGUUUGGAAGUUUUGAAUCUAUCAAGAAACCACAUCAGUGGCCAGAUUCCUGAGAGCAUUUCAGAAUUGCGUCAGUUGUUAUCUCUUGAUCUCUCAGGCAAUAGGCUUUCAGGUCCUAUUCCCCAAAGCAUAUCUUCAUUGACAUUUCUGGGGAGUUUGAAUGUGUCAAACAAUAACCUGUCAGGCAUAAUACCUUCUACAAAUCAGAUGUCAACUUUUAAUGCAUCCUCUUUCGCUGGGAACCCUGGUCUAUGUGGAGAUCCUCUUACGGUGAAGUGUUCUAAUGAUUCAAACAAUGGAGGAGACAAUUAUCCAGAUGGUGGAGGGAAAGCAGAUCAGACUGACAAUGGCAAUGGCUUCAUUGAUAAGUGGUUUUACAUGAGCAUUGGGGUGGGAUUCGCAGCAGGUUUAUUGCUUCCUUAUUUAGUUUUUGCAAUGAAAAGGUCUUGGGGUGGAGUAUACUUUGCAUUUGUGGAUGGAACUGCUUAUAGAUUGUCAAGUGAGAAAAUGAAAGCAGCUGCAAGAAGAAGAAAUCGGGGCGCUCGUUGACGUUUUUCAUUUUUCUUUUGCAAGUCUUAAAUUUCUUGUGCAAUCUAGUGAAGUAUUUCAGCAAG